GGGUCACAAAAAUGAUGAACCGAGCCCGCCCCACCCCUUCCCCCCGGUUCGGGCCCAGACCCGGUCCCGGACCGCCCGACCGGGCCGGUCCCGGGCCCGCACAGUACCGGGCCGGGCCGGGUCACGGGCCGGGUGGCCCGAACCGAAUCCAUCCCUACAUGUCAUUCAUUUUCUUAUUAAAUGUGUAAACAUGAAUUUAGAUCCGUAAAAUGGAGCUGAGAAAAUGUUAUGCUGUUAUUGUUAAAAUUAAAUAAAAUAAAACACUAAUAAUAAAAAUAAGAGCUAGUAUUGAGAGAGCAAGACUUCAUAAUUCAUAUGAAGAAAUGUUACGUAGCUUUCUUCCUUCCAUUACAUGCAUGCUACAUAUAUAGUACAAUGCUUGAUGUGAUUAAUAUAAAGAAAUAAUACAUGGGCCAUGCAUAUCAUGCACCCACGUACAUAUGCUUAUUAAUAGGGAAACAUUACACAUGUGAAUAAUAAUAAUAAUAAUAAUAAUAAUAAUUGAACAGUUUGCUACUUUGGUACAUUUUUUUAAUGAAAUAGUUACUUUAUGCCAGACCUUUUCUAAUAAGAAGGUUGACACCCGGGACGGAUCCAGGAUUUCGAGUCAAGGGGGCGAAAUUUUUUCGUUUGUGGAGGGGUGUGAAAUUCUUUUCGCUAGUGUACCGAGACAAUUUUUUUAGCUAGUGUAACGGGGCGAUUUUUUUGCUAGUGUAGGGUUCUGCGGCUAUUUUUUAUUCAAAAAAAUUUCAUUAAUACACAUACACAAGGACAUUUAAAUCUAUUUCAUUCUAAGGUUAGAUAAUGAAAAAAUAACUUUGGUUUUAUAAUUGAAAUGAUUUAGAGAAAAGUAUUGAUACAUUAAAGCUGUUGAGGUUUAGUCACGCAGAUCCGAAAGCCCAACACGAACUUUCGAUAUAUCAGGAAAUGGAUCAGAAUCAAGUGUAUAAAGAAAUAUAAAAGAUGAGUAAUUGAUUGCUCUAAAUCUCACUUUGUAUUAAAUAACUUGCUUGAUUACACGGAAAUCUCCUGAUCGAUACGUCGGAGUAGUGAUUAAUACAAGAACAAGAGUGAUAAUGCUAUUCUAGAGCUUGAGUAUGAAAAUGCUAACCCUUUACAAUGAAACUAAUCCUUCUAUUUAUACUAAUGGGGGUAUGGGGUACUUCAUGUUGAUUGGUUGCUUUAUCUAGCCACUUGGAAACCCGUACUCCCACUAGCUACCGUCAUACUUUAGCAAUAAAUGCUCCCUGCCACUUGUUGGCUACCCGCUGCCCGAACGGUUAGUGGACCCUGCUGUAAUCAUCAUUGAUCUGGCCCAAGUAAGUUGAUUAGACCGAACCUCGUUCGGUACAUUGAUCUGGAAUCACCAUUGGUCUGGCCCAUUAUUGAUCUGGCCCAAGUACGUUAAUUGACCCGAACCUCGUUCGGUACAUAUUUUUCCAUGAGUCAGUUCAUCUUCUGGAUUAUGGGCCCGUCCAUCGGACCAGAUAUCUUGGGCCUUGGAUCCGGGUAUUGGGCCUGCGGCCCAAUAUCCCAACACGAGUCCCCCCACUCCCGAUGUCUCAAACGGUAGUGAGUGCAUUGGGAAGUAGAAGUUACCUGCCGAAUGGCGAUCGGGAUCCAGAGUUCGCUGGUUCCCCAUGCCAUGAUUAGUACCUUUCUUGCGGCUGUCGUUUGAUUUUUCCCAUAAUCGUCAUGAUUACUGAUGGAUAAGUGUACCCGGGGGGUAUCUAUCCGAGGGGUUAUUGCGGGGAGAGAGUAGAGAGAAGUAAGAGCAGAAGUAAGAGAGAGAGAAUAUGUAUUGCUGAGAAAGUAUUGAGCGUAUUGAGCCUGGAUUACAAAUGGGGAAAGGGGUGCUAUUUAUAGUAGUAAUAAAUGCCAGAUAGGGACACGUGUCAUCAUUCUGGUGGUCGAGGGGUCACCUCAACGGGGUGGCACUGGCACUCGCAUGUGGCCGCAUUAAAUGCGGUGGUUGGAUGUGACGUUCGUACUCGGUACGUCGAUUCGGCGCAUGUGGGUGGGAGAUUCUGUCGAUGAGAUGCCUUCGUCCGUAGAUAAUUGGCCGAAGGCUCUUCAUCCCGGGGGCCUCUAGGUGCCGAGGGCUCUAGGUGUCGAGGGCUCUAGGUACCGAGGGCUAUUGUUUUCGCCGCUUUCUCCCAGAAACUUUGAGUGCUUUAAAGAAGCUGUACUGUAAGUUUAUGAGCCUUCGGCCAAGGGGCCGAAGGCACCCAGUGUUCGUCGUGGGCUGUUUGGCAUUUGGGGCGCUGUGAUUUGGGCCUGCUGUGCUUCCUGGGCCUAUUGGGCCUUCGCUAUAGUAGUGGGAGUCUAUGGGCCGGGGGUUCCUUGGCCAUAUACUUUAUCAGGAGUCCCUCACUCCUUUUACCGAAAGGUACUUGAGGGAAAAGGAGUAAUUGCGGUUGUCCUCUGAUGCUGCCUUGCUUGUAUCUUGUAAACCUGUGAGAGAUUUAUGUUUGCGCACGAUUCUGCUGAGGGCAGUCCUUCAGUCCCCCACAUUUUGGGACUUGAAGGAUUAUGUUGCUGCUUUGGGGAGAUUUUGACAUUUUCAUUUUUGUGAUUUUUCCCGAAGGUUGACACUUUUCGUUUCAUUUUGGGGGGAUGCCUCGUUAAAAACCUCAUUAGGAAAAACCCUAUGGGAAAAAAUCCUAAUGAGGGAAAAAGAGUGCACCGAAUUCCCCCAAUGAUGACUCGAAAAGGUGAAACCUUGGUCUGAGAUGAAGGACAAAGUUGAUGCCGAAGGCUACCCUUGAUCUGAGGGCGCGUGUUUUGACUUCCCGAAGGGGAGUCCCUCAAUCCAUGGGAUUGAGGGCGUGAUGAAUGUAAGUGGUAGUUGUUGUGUUGCCGGGGGGAUUCUCUAGCUAUUGACAAGCUGGGGAUGAGGGCACCCGAAGGCUAACCACUGAUGAGGGGUUUGGAGGUGUGGCCCCGAGGGUUUUCUGAUUCCCAACACGUUGAGGGUUGGGGGGUUCCGAGGGGUUUUCCCGUUGUUAAGCCAUGGUCUCCUGAAGGAGAAAGCCCGAAGGCAUUUAUAAUGUUGUAUGAGGGGUACCGGCCAGGAGCACCUCUGUGAUUUCAAAAUAUAGUCGUUGCAAUCAUACCGUUGGCACAUGGAACGUUUAAAAAGUAGCUGUUGGCUAGCUUUGGGCGGGCAUCACCGGUUGGCGGAAAGGGCGGCAUGUAAUGAUGAUUUUCGUAACCGGAGGCCCGGUUUUGGGCCCAAGCCUGGAUUUGGGUGCCUAUAAAUACCCCAAGGCCAAGGCCAUUUUCUUUGUGCGAUCAUACUGUAGCGAAGCUGUGCCGGAUUUUUUCUAGAGAGAGAAACAACCCUUCGAUCACAUCCUCACUUCCCAAGGUCAGUUGGUCCUCCUGUUCUCGAGUUCCUUAGCGUAUUUUCGCCCUUAGGCUAAGUGCUAGAGUUGUUUAGGGAGCCUUCGGUUUCUAGAACCCCUCAUCCCAUAGUUCUCGAGGAUGUCUUUGCAAAGCGAUUCUCAAAACAUAUCGAGGGAGCCCUCGGCGGAGGAGGAGAGUAUAUCAGAUGUCGAGUCCAUGAGUGAGCAGCCCUCGGUGGGUGAUGAUGCCGAUGUGGCCAUGGAGGUACAAAACACCCUCCAGAUGGAGCUAGAAGUCGAGGAGUUCGAGCAGGUGUGUGAAGACGAGGAGCUGGCCCUCGCCUUUCAAGUGGCCGAGGAUGAGGCGCGAAAGGAAAUGAUGAAGGUCACCGUUGCUAUCCCACCCCCUCGCAAUGACGCUGCAGCCGGGAGCUCGAGGCCAAUGGACCCGACGCCUAUCAGCGUGGCGCCGGGAAAAAAGAAGAAGACGAGGGCAGUACCGAGGAAGAAGUAGGCUGCCGUCGACGCGGGUCAACCAGUAGGGAUUCCUGAGGGCUACUGCUACCUCAACACCUCCGCCCUGGAUGUGAAGACCAGGGCCACACGGGGAGAAUACAUGGCGACGCAGCUCCUGGUCGGGCCCUCGGCACAGGUGGUGGAGCCGGGGCCAGAUGACGUUCUGCUACAUACCCCCACUGGCUGUUUCACCGUGUGCAUACUCUCGGUGGAGUUGGGCCUCCGAUUCCCCCUCCACCCCUUCGUGACCGAGUAUCUUCGGUUCGUCAAACUUGCCCCCUGCCAACUGACAUCGAACAGCCACUCCUAUCUGGCUGGCUUCCUUUCCCUUUGCCGGAGCCGGGAUGUGGAGCCCACUCUAGAUCAAUUCUUCCUUUCUUUCAAUCUCUGCCGGGGAGGCCACUCAAAUGUCGGGGCUUCGCCAACCUACAGCAGCUCCCCGAAUUCAGGCUUUUCGACGAUGUCCCCUCAUCUCACAAAGGGUGGAAAGACAAGUUCUGCUACGUCCGAAUGGCGGAGAAUCCCUUCCCGGCCCCACUCCGUGAUAGCUUCUGAAGGCAUGUUAAGGUAGGGAGCACCGCCUUGGAGAAGAAGGGGAGGAAGCUCUCCAAGAAGCCUGAUGGGUCUGAGAAGCAUACCAAGAUCAGGGAUGCCACCCCUCCAGACGAGCUUAACGACAUAGGCUUCCGGCGGUACCGGUUGAUGGAGGAAAGCGACGAGAGAUAUCCCCCUGUCGAUAGGGUCUAUCAAAGUGCCGGAGGUAGUCGCCUUACCGAGGGCUCCCAUUUCAUACUUAGGAAUUUUUUUUGUUUCUUGCUGCAUUAUCAUCCUAACCCUUCUGUAUUUCCCUUACUUUUCAGGACCAGACAUGGACGCUAGGAACCUCUCCAAACUGAAGAAACAACUUGCGAAGGAGAACACGAAGAAGGACGCCCCGGCGCAGCAGAGGGCGGUGGAUGAUAUCUUCCCGAAGGUGGGAAAUGCCGACGGGGCCAAGGAGACCGUGCCUGAGGUGAAGGUUGCCGCCGGCGAUGACGUCGGUUCCAUGGCCGAGGGCUCCCCCGUUGAGCAGCUAAAGAGGAAGCGCGCCGGGAAGGCCGUGGUGCCCUCGGAGGGGAAGAAGUAGAAGAAAGGGGGCCUUGGGAAGAAGGAUGCCCCGAUUGUUAUUGUCGAGGAGAAUUCCUCCUCCGAGCCCCCGGUCCAAGCCCCCAGAAUGGCGUGGCACCAAGAUAAAGUGCAAUUCUCCAUCACCAAGGGGACUGCCAUUAUGCACGCGACUUUGAACCCGAGGGAGUUCUUGAGGGGCUCCACCCCUCCGACUGAUAAGUUUGUGCUCUCCCGGUAGGCUGAUGAUGCUCUCUGCUCCAAGGUUCUUCAGGCCUCAGUCACUGUAAGAUCCCCUCUCUCUUCUUUUCUUUAGCCAACUUAGAAUCAAUUCCUUUGUGCGUAGUGAUUUUAACCCUCGGUGUUUUCUGAUCUCCUUUGUAGGCAAGCCUUGGCCUCGGUGAACUCGCCUAGAGGAUGGAGCGUUAUGCCCUUCAGAAGCAGAAGGAUGACGAAGCCUUGGCUGUGGCCCAAAGGAGGCUUCGGGAGGCUGAGGAGGCUUUCAGACUCGAGAGGGUGGCCUUAGAAAGAAUUCUUGAUACCGCCAAAACUGCGGCAAAGGCCGAGGGGAGAGCUGAGGCAGAGAAGGUAGCUGCUGAGGCCGCCAAGAAGGCCGAUAAAGAUGCCGAGGCCGCCAAGGUGGAGGCGGCGAGGGAAGCGGUGGCCGUCUUCGUCGCCGAGGGCUGGAGAGCUGAGGACCAGAAAGCAUGGGUGGCUUCGGUAGUUGAGGCCUCCGUGGAUGAAUGGAUAAGAGGUCCCAGGGUGAUUUACCUGGCCCAGAAGGGGAAAGAGUACUAUGAUGGGGGCGAGUACUUUACUCAAGCCCUCAUCUAUCGGAGGCUAGCCAGGCACCUGGGAAUAGACCCGUCGGCAUUUGACCCGGCGGCUUACGGGCUUCCCCCUCUCCAGCCAGACACCAGAAUUCCCCUCCCCGAGGGUGUUAAUAGGCCAGAUCUCGAGGACACCAUCCUGAUGGCGGAGUGAAGCGACGAAGAAGAAGAGGCCGGGGAUGAUGCCACGUCGAAGCCUGCCAAAGGGGGCGAUGCUGCUGCUGUUGACGACGUUGUUGUCGUAUAAUUUUGAUUUUUUUUCUUGUAACGAACAUGUACAGUCUUCCGGCUUCGGCCUCCAUGUUUGACAAUUUGCCAUUUACUUUUUGUGAAUUGAUGAAUGGAUGCCUUCGGGCCUUUUGCAUAUAAUCUGCUUUUCCUUUUGAAUGUAUGCCUUCGUCUUUCCCCUCCUUGUUUUUGAAUGGGUGCCUUCGUCUUUUUUUUUUGUGAAAUGAAUGCCUUCGAAUUUGCCUUGUGAAUGAAUGCCCUCGUACCUUGAUGUUUGAGUUGUCAGUCGUUUAGGACUUAGAAAAAUUUUCUAAGUGUUGUUUCACCACUGAACCUUCGGUUGUGUGACCCCUCUGGCUGCAUGGAGAUUUGACCGAGGGUCGAAUAUUUAGGACUUAGAAAAUUUCUCCAAGAGUAGUCUCACUACUGAGCCUUCGGUUCAUGUGACCCUCUGGCUGCAUGGAGAUUUGACCGAGGGUCAAAUAUUUAGGACUUAGAAAAUUUUUCUAAGUGUAGUUUUUUCUUGAGCCUCCGGUUAGUAGGCACUUCUUGCUGUAUGAAGUGGAGUGGCCUUCGUUACAAUGUGAGUUUGAAAUGUAGUUUUCCACUUAGCCUUUGUUGCACUGAUAGUUGACCGAGGGCCAACCGGUUUGGACUUAGAAAUUUUCAAAGUGUGGUUUGGCCACUGAGCUCUCGGCUAGUAGGCCCCUCUGGCUGGAUGAGAUAGGGGGCUCAAAUUUUAUGUGCCAGCCUUCGUGUACUGCCCUCUCAUGGAUAUUAAUUUGACAGAGGACCAAGCAUUUUAGGACAUGGAAAUUUUUUCUAUGUGUUGCUUGUCUUCCCUUAGUUGCAUUCAAUGGCUUGACCUUCGUUGCAUGAUGGGUUGGCUGAGGGCCAACCAUUUAGGACUUAGAAUUUUUGCCAUGAUUCAUGAUUUGCCCCUCGGUGAAUAGACCCUUCGAUUUGUAGUAAGAAAUCCCUUGGUAAAGGAUGGUGGUCCCGGAGGCACCCAACUUUGUAGACUUAGAAUAGUUUCCCUUGGCUUGUAAGACUGGCCUCUGGUAAUGUGUAGCAGAUGCCUUCGCUUCGGUAAUGUGAGCCUUCGGUGUUGGUGAUGCCGGAGGCACACAGAAAGUGGGCUUAGCUAUUCCUUGAUGGUAUUCAUCUAAUAGUAGCCUUCGGGGAUUAGUAGUUUACAGAUACCGGGGGUGUUCCCAUGGGGAGCCCUCGGUAUGAUCUGUAUUGUCUUGUGAUGUCGAAGGGCUUCCUGUUGUGUUUUGUUGAAGUUGUGUACUCAUUGAUUUUUCGCUGAGUCUACUCCCCUUCACCCGAUUUUUUUUGGUAAUGAAGGGAAGGCUUCGAGAAACUUGGUUUCUUGGUAAGGCUUGGCCUAUCGGGAAGCAACAUCAUACACCAUUAGCUCCCCCUCGGGUUAACCUUCCGAGUUCCGAGGGGAUCGAUGGUCGUUUCCUGGGCAUGAGACAUAGUCUUUAGCCUGCCUCCCCUUGGGGGAUGGCACGAAAAGCGCCUCAGUUUUGAAAGUCGUUCCCUGGGCACGAGACAUAGUCUGUGGCCUGCCAUACCCUUGGGGUAAUGGCGUGGGAAGCGUUUCGUUUUUGAAAGUCGAAUCCUGGGCAUAUUAGUUGCCUACCAUACCUUUGGGGUAGUGGCGCGGAAAGCGUUUCGUUUUUGAAAGUCGAAUCCUGGGCAUAUUAGUUGCCUGCCAUACCCUUGGGGUAAUGGCGCGGAAAGCGUUUCAAGGAAGGGUUUUCAUUUGCACACUGGUUGCAAAUGGCCGGGGGCACUACGUGCUUCCAUCACCGAUAGGUGGCGCCUGCGGUAUGAAUGCGUCCUCGAGGGGUACGACUUCAUAAACAACACUUGGUGUUUGUUUCAGCUCCCGGUACUUGGUACCGAGGGGUCUUCAAAAGGAAACACUUGCUGUUUUCCGUUGUCUGGAGUUGAUAGGAGUACGUACCCUCGGCACUUUGUACCGAGGGGUCUUGUUUGAAAAACACUGGUGUUUUUCUUCAUUCAUUGCAGGUAGUGGGGGUGUCUACCCUCGGCACUUGGUGCCGAAGGGUCUUGCUUGUAAUAAGGCCUUGGACCGGGAGCUUGUUAUGAGGGCUUGGCCGCUCAUAAGAGUCUUUUUUCUUGUUUUUGGUGUCUCCAACACGUCUUCAUUCUUCGAAUUUGAAGGCCUUGGGCCGUAGGAUAAUACAUUCAUUAGUUAUGAGGGCUUGGCCACUCUAGCAUUACUGAUAAAAUUUAACUAGGUGAUGUACAUUCCAAUGCCUAGGGACCUCUGUCCCAUUGGGGCGUUUGGGUUUGUAAGUCCCGGGCUUGAUGAUAGCGGCCACAAUGCAAGGGCCUUCAAACUUAGGAUCCAUUUUGCCGCCCUCGGUUGGCUGGCUUGCCUCCUUUCGUCGUAGGACAUAAUCUCCCACUUGGAAUUCUCGAGAGCGGACUUUGGCGUCGAUGUAGCUUUUGACCUGCCUUCGGUAGUUCUCCGACCGCAUGAAGGCUUGCUCUCGGCGUUCUGAGAUGAUGUGAAGGUCGAGGGCCAUGUUGGCGUCAUUGACUUCGGGAUCAUAUUGGGCUACCCUUCGGGUAGGAAGGGUCACUUCAGUGGGAGCUUUAGCCUCAAAUCCAUAGCACAGGGUGAAGGGUGUUUCACCUGUUGCCCGUCGAGGGGUGGUGCGGUAAGCCCAUAGGAUAUUGUGGAGUUUUUCUACCCAGCCUCCCCCUUCGGCCUCCAGCUUCUUUUUGAGGCCCUCAAGUAAUGUCCGGUUGGCAUUCUCCACUUGACCGUUGCCCUGAGGGUAGGCAACGGAUGAGAAGGUAUGCUUGAUGCCCCAUGCCUCGAGGAGGGCACAGAAGGGGGCUGCCUCAAAUUGAGUCCCGUUGUCGGUGAUGAUUUGUUGAGGGACACCGAACCUCAUGAGGAUGUUUUUGAGGACAAAGUGGCGGCACCUGGCCUCAGUAAUGCUGGCGAGGGGCUCAACCUCCACCCACUUGGUGAAGUAGUCAAUGGCAACGAUGAUGUACCUGUUGUUUGAGGUACCCCUCGGCAGAGGGCCCACAAGGUCUAUGCCCCAUCUAGCGAAGGGUAUAGAUGUGCUGAUGGGGGCAUAGGUUACCGCUGACCUGUCGGGGGCCUUCUGGAAGUGUUGACAGGCGGUACACCUUCGGGCGAGAUCCGCACAAUCCCGGGCCAUCGUAGGCCAGAAGUAGCCUUGGACUAUGAGCCUUCGGGACAUGGAGAAGGGUCCCUGGUGAGCUGAGCAAGUGCCAUUGUGCACUUCCUCCAUUGCAACUUCAGCUUCAUCUUGAUGAAGGCACCGGAGCAGUAUACCAUUGUAAGAUCGUUUGUAGAGCCUUCCGUCCUCGAUGGUGUAGCUGGGGGCCCUCAACUUUGCCAGCUUGGCCCGGGCCUCAUCCUUGGGCAGUUGCCCUGUGGUGAUGAAGGCAAUGAUGUCUGAGAUCAAGUCCUCCUGUCUAUGUUGUAUAUUCAUGAUGGGGCUGGCGUGUAUGCUGGAGAGGCUGAGCUCCUCGAUUUUGGCGAUUUUUUAUAUGUGCUCGGGGGAUUCGGCCGAGAGCUUUGAUAAAAUGUCGGCCUCAAAAUUUUGAGCCCUCGGUAUUUGAGUGAGAGAGUGUGCCUCAAAUACCUUAAGCAAUUCCUUGGCGGCUUCCUUGUAUUGUUUCAUCCUCCCUUCCUUGGCCUCAUACUCUCCUGAAAUUUGGCCGACGACUAACUUGCAAUCGCAUUUGACGUGGAUCCGUCGGGCCUUCAUGUUAGCUGCUAACCGAAGGCCACAGAGGAGGGCCUCAUAUUCGGCUUCGUUGUUGGAGACUUUGAAAAAGAAGAGGAUGGAAUAAUAGGCCCGGGAGCCUUCGGGGGAAAUGAGAACUACCCCUCCCCCACAAGCUUUGAUAGCGGAGGAGCCGUCGGUGUAGAGAGUCCACCAGUCAUCCGAGGGUGCCGAAGGCUCCUCGUCUGUGGCUGAUCUCGCCGUGCAUUCCGUCACGAAGUCCGCCAGGGCUUGGUCCUUGAUGGCAGGCCUCAGACGGAUGUCGAUGUUGUAUUGGCUGAGGAAGAUAGCCCACUUUACCAUCCGAGAGGAGCUGGUGGGGCUCCUCAUCAAAGCGCCGAGGGGUUGGUGUGUGAGGACCUGGACCGGAUGAGCUUGGAAGUAGUGGCCCAACUUCUUGACAGUCAAGACAAUAGCUAGCACUGUUUUUUCCACGGGGGAAUACCGGAGUUCCGCUUCCCUGAGGGUCUUGCUAACAUAGAAGAUGGCAUGCUGAACGCCAUCUUCUUCCCGGAUGAGUACUGAGCUAAUGGCCGCCGGGCUAACACCAAGGUAAAGGUACAUGGUUUCCCCUACCUUGGGUUUAGAGAGAACAGGGGGUGAAGAUAAAUAUCGUUUCAGCUCGUCGAAGGCCUCUUGGCACUCUGAGGUCCAUUGGAAGCCGGCGGUCUUCCUCAUGAUUUGAAAGAAGGGUAAGGACUUCUCCGCCGAUUUGGAUAGGUAGCGGUUGAGGGCUGCCAGGUGGCCCGUCAACCGUUGGACCUCCUUCACGUUGCGUGGGGGCUCCAUGUUGGUGAUGGCCUGAACUUUCUCGGGGUUGGCCUCAAUCCCCCUUUGGCUCACCAUGUAGCCUAAAACCUUGCCUCCUUGCACGCCGAAGGUACAUUUCUUCGGGUUUAGCCGAAGGUUGAACUUUUGCAUGAUGGCGAAGAUCUCCCGGAGGUCGUCAGCAUGGCUCGAUGAUUGUUUGCUUUUGACGAUCAUGUCGUCAACAUAGGCCUCCAUGGUGCGCCCUAGGACAGCCUGAAAGACUCUGGCCACCAUCCAGGUGUAAGUGGUGCCUAAGUUCUUAAGGCCGAAGGCCAUGACAAGGUAGCAGAAGAUGCCAUCGGGAGUCAUGAAGGCUGUUUUUUCGGCGUCUUCCUCGUGCAUGAAAAUUUGGUGAUAUCCUCGGAAGGCAUCGAGGAAGGACAUGAUCUCGCACCCCGCGGUCUCAUCCACCAGUUGAUCAAUAUUUGGUAAGGGGAAGGGGUCCAUGGGGCACACCUUGUUUAAAUAAGUGUAAUCCACGCACAUGCGGAAGGUGGGCGGCUUUUGUGCGAGGACUACGUUGGCCAGCCAUGAGGGGUACUUUACCUCCUUGAUGUGCUUGAUGGAGAGGAGCAUGGUGACCUCCUUAUUCACAAAAUCCCUUCUCUCGGCUGAGAGGGGUCUCCUUCACUGUUGUAUAGGUUUGACCGAGGGGUCCACCGAGAGGCAGUGGGUGAUGACCCUUCGGCUGAUUCCGGGCAUGUUCUCUGGCCCCCACGCAAAAACAAUGGAGUAGGCACGGAGGGCUUCAAUUAUGCCGGUCUUCAGGUCUUCGGGGAGCUUGGCUCCAAUCUUCAAGACUCUCUCCGGCUUGGCCGGAUCGAGCACAAAGUCUUCUACUUCCUCGGCGGCUUCAGCCCUCGGCCUUUUUUCUUCUUCCUCCACGGUCCCGGUGAUGGUGUCAACACGGAACUCGGUCUUACUAACCUUCUUCGUCACUUGAAGGUAGCAAGCGUGGGUAAGUUUUUGAUUCCCCCUUGAGUACCCAAUGCCUCCUUCGGCGGGGAACUUGAGGCAUAGAUGCCUCAUGGAGAUGAUGGCUUCGAGGUCCUCGAGGGCUGGUCUGCCUAGGAUGAUGUUAUGGGCACAGUCGAUGUUGACGACGACGAACUCCACUUCGAGCUUGGCUCUAUGGAGCCCGUCACCGAAUAGUACCGAGAGGGUAAUGACCCCCCUCGGAAUCAAUAGUGUCUCCGGUGAAGCCGGUGAGAGGGGUCUUGAUGGGACGAAGGGACCCCCUCUCCAGAUGCAACUCCCUGAAUGUGCUGAGGUACAUUACAUUGACGGAGCUGCCCGUGUCAAUGUAAGUUCGGUGGAUGAUGGUGUUGUUGAUCUCCGUGCGGAUGACGAGGGCAUCCCUGUGCAGAGAGGAAGCCGAGGGGAGAUCGGCGUUGGUGAAGGUGAUGGGUUCCUCCCUCAACCGCUUUACCGGGGGCAUACGAGUGAUUUCCCCCACGUAUAGUGAUUGAGCCCACUUCUUCCGCUGGCUGGUGGAGUCCCCCUGUGUUACCUCCAGUGAUCAUAUGGAUGUGACGCUUCUUUUCCUGGUACUGCCUGUACUCCUCCUCCUCAUCGAGGUUUCCAAUUUCCCUUUUCUUACCCUUCGGGUCGCCGAGGGGGAUGGUGUUUGGGUUAACCCAGGCGUUUGCUUUCUUAGGGGGCCCCCUGGUAGUGAGGGGUCCCCUGAGGCGGAGGGCCUCUGAUGAAUUGGGACAGGUGGUCUGCCCGUAUCAGCCUUUCGAUGGCCGUCUUCAGCUGAUGGCAGUCGUCGGUGUUGUGCCCUUGGUUGCGGUGGAACCGACAAUAAGGAUAAUUGGGGUUGAUGGUGUAUACCUCCAGGGGUGCGCGAGAGUCGCGCUCUACAAGGCCCCUCUCCUCGGCGAAGUCUAGGAUGACACUGACGGGGUGCGUCAAGGGAGUCCGAGGGUGCUCCAAAAGAAUGGACUGGGCCCAAGCCUUCAGGUUUCCCUUGUAACCUCCCCUGGGCUUUGCUUGGCCAUGCCGCGGGCGAUCACUGGGGGUUGCCGAAACCUUGGAUUGAUUAUGGGGAGCCCUCGGCCCCCGGUUGCCCUUGUCAUCUGGCCGAGGGCGUUGCUGAUCGGGGUUGUGAUGGCACUUUUCCACCUCCUCGGCUUCGGCGUACCGGUCCCCUCGCUGGAGAGCCCUUAUGUAAUCGCGGGGAGGUUCGAUGAUGAGGCUCCUUGAAAAGUUCCCAGGGCGAAGCACUGUCUGAAAGAGGGGCAGGAGGGUCCCAUCGUCAGCGCCAUCAACUUUAUCCGCCUCCGUCCUCCAGCGCUCCAAGAAGUCCCGAAGGGUCUCCUCCUUCCUUUGUCUUACUGUUAGUAAGUGGGAGAAGUAUUUCCUUGACCGGCGCCUCCCUGCAAACUGCGUCAGGAAGCGUUGGGCGAGUUCUUGCCAUGAAUCGAUGCAGCCUUCGGGCAAUCGGUUGAACCAUUCGGACGCUGGUCCCUCUAAGGUGGAAAGGAACCAACGGCACAAAUAUUCGUCCGAUGCCCCCACCAUCAUCAUGCUGUUUUGGUAUCGGCUGUAAUGCUCCUGGGGAUCUGUCUUCCCUUCAUAGGGCCUGAUGGGUUGCCCCCGGUAUUUUUCCGGGAUUCGGGCCGCCAAUACCCUUGGGGUAAAUGGCGUCCUAGUCCGGAGUUGGAUGACAGGUUCCCCGGAGCCUUCGACUAUUUUCUUUUCCAUUUCCUCCAUUUUGGCCAACAUGGCCUCAUACUUGGGAUCUGCAUGAGGGGUGGUGACGGCGGUAUGUGCUCGAUGAUCCUCCAUCUCAUUAAGCCGGCGCUGGAGGGCUGCAAUGAUUUCGUCCCUGGGAUCCUUCGGGAGGGCCUCUGCCCCCUGCGAACGAACAAGGGCCGAGUGGGCCUGAUUGAUUUGGUGCCUUGCGUCAUCGGCAUGAAGUGGUGCCUUGCCUUUGUCCUGAUGGGGACGCCUCUCGUCUGCCCUUGAGACGGAUCCCCCACUCUCUUGGGGUCUUUGGGAUGCCUUUCCACCGAGGCGGUCUUAGACCCCUCGGCGGUCUUGCGCUCCUCCGAGCCUCUCGAGGGCUGAGGCUCGAGGCCUUUCUUUGUUCGCACCACGUUGGUCCCGGGAUUGGACCUCCUGGGAAGCGGUGUCUUGAGCCACGACCCCUUCGUCGUUCCCCACCCGAGGGGUAGGGUUCACGAAGGGGGGUGGCCAUGGGAGAAGAACAACGUUCUCCCCGAUUUGUGUUUCAAGGGGUACCUGAGUGCCGAAGGACCUGGGUUUUGAGUGAGUGUCUGGAUGAAGGCAGAGAAUGCCGAUUGUACGUCGAUAGUGAGAACCGGAGGGCUCACUUGAUUUUCGCUCCGGUCCCUCCUUCGGGUUUCGAUGCCAAGGCGGGCAUCGGGAGCAUUUUGUUGGAGCUGAAGGCGCAGGUCAACAGCAGCAUGUUCCAACUCAUUGAUGACCCCGCCCUCGGGAGCCUUGUUAGAGGCUCCGGGGGCGUUGACUUCACCGAGGGCCAGGUUGUUGUCCUCAAGGUUCUUGGACUGAGAACGGGUGGUUCUUCCCAUUUUGGUAGGUGUUUUUAGCUGAAGGGGAGGGUUUCUUACUUGAUUGUUCGACCUCUCAACGAGAGCACCAAAUGAUGGAUAAGUGUACCCGGGGGGUAUCUAUCCGAGGGGUUAUUGCGGGGAGAGAAUAGAGAGAAGUCAGAGCAGAAGUAAGAGAGAGAGUAUGUAUUGCUGAGAAAGUAUUGAGCGUAUUGAGCUUAGAUUACAAAUGGGGAAAGGGGUGCUAUUUAUAGUAGUAAUAAAUGCCAGAUAGGGACACAUGUCAUCAUUCUGGUGGUCGAGGGGUCAUCUCAAUGGGGUGGCACUGGCACUCGCAUGUGGCCGUAUUAAAUGUGGUGGUUGGAUGUGACGUUCGUACUCGGUACAUCGAUCUGGCGCAUGUGGGUGGGAGAUUUUGUCGAGGAGAUGCCUUCGGCCGUAGAUGAUUGGUCGAAGGCUCUUCAUCCCGGGGGCCUCUAGGUGCCGAGGGCUAUUGUUUUCGCCGCUUUCAACCAGACACUUUGAGUGCUUUAAAGAAGCUGUACUGUAAGUUUAUGAGCCUUCGGCCAGGGGGCAAAAGGCACCCCAGUGUUCGUCGUGGGCUGUUUGGCACUUGGGGUGCUGUGAUUUGGGCCUGCUGUGCUUACUGGGCCUAUUGGGCCUUCACUAUAUUAGUGGGAGUCUAUGGUCCGGGGGUUCCUGGGCCAUAUACUCCAUCAAUUACUGAUCUUUGCUUCUCCACGCGACACGUAUUAUUUCAAAUAGUCCUGGUGACGUGUCAUUAUUUGGUUGGUCAUCGAUACAGUGUUUGUCAGACUAUAAAUUAGCCUUUAGUUCUUUAGUUCUGGGUUUCGAAUUAUCAAUCCUUCGUGCUUUAGCUCUGCCUUCUUUCUAAACUCUCUUCAAGCUUUUCGUGUUCAGGUAUUUUUCAUCCCUUAAUUUCUCGCCUUUUUCUUCGGUCUGGUCGGUAUGAGUCCUCAAUCGCGUUCCUCUGAUUCGGAAAUGGCUUCCCAAGGGGAUGACCAUGAUGCCGCCGUUGUGGAGGUCAUAAAUGUCCCAUUUGCCGGUGGUUCAAAUGAAGCGACAGCGGAGACUAGAGCGGAGGCGAGGAUUCUUCCGUCAUCUCUUCUACUGAUGAUGAUUCCGACGAUACGAAAUCCGGUGAUGAACUCGUUUCAAUGGCGGCCGGCCUCCCGGGCGACGUUCCCCGUCAUAAGGUGGAUUUGAGGCUAAUUAGGGAAAGGCGGAAAAAAUUGACCUCUCAUAAUAGGGCUCAAAUCCCAGCCCUAAUUCCGGACCCGGUGGAUUUUCUUCUUCGGGCUGGGCUUCACCCAAUGCGCCGCCACCUUCCUGGGAUGGUGGUGGUCCAUUUUGACUCGGUGAAAGCUGGGCUUAGGUUUCCCCUACACCCUUUCUUCGUUUUCUUCCUCAAUUUUUCUGAGAUAGUACCGGCCCAAGUUAUGUCGAACUCUUAUCGAGUGAUAUCGGGCUUCAUUUUCCGUUGUAAAGAUGCCGAUGUUACUCCCACUCUAGAGUUGUUCCAUCAAUUUUUUAAGGUGGCUCCCCAGCAGACACAUGGUUACCUAGCUGCAACUGCCCGAACGGGUCAUAUUUUAUUUAAGGGUAAUCCUACCUCGAUCAAGGGGUGGAAAGACCGGUUCUUUUUUGUCUCCAUUCCGGACGGCCUGAUUCCGAAAAAAUGGAAUGCAUUUCCCCGUAAAACUCCCGAUCCGCUUCUUACCGAACAAAUCUGCAAGGAUGUCUUCGCAAUAGAGAAGGACAAAUCUUGUGAUAUCAUAGGAUAUCUGACCCUCGAUCGUCUUAUCAAGGCCGGGAUAGGUACUGCCCGCUCUCUUGGGUAUACUUGUUUAAGAACCAAGUACCAUGGGCCGGUCGGUCCUUCCCGUGCGAGAAACGUUCUGUUUUCCUUGUUUCCCACGUGAUAAGACCGCUCGGUACUAACAUUUCCCUUUGUUAUUUUUUCAGCCCCCAAUCCAGACGCUCCAAUGGAUAACAGUCGUGUGCUAGCAGCCGGUGGAGUCGGAAAAAGGAAGAAGGCAAAGAAGAAUCCCAAGCCUAAUCCCUCCACCACUACUGAUCAAGGUGCCGGGUCUUCUCAACCCAUUCAGGAGCCACAACCCAUUCAGCAGGUCCCCCAUCAGGACCAAUUUGAAGAGAUGCUGAUCGAUGAUCAGUUCAGAUCCGAUCAGUUGCAUCAUUUUUCAGAGCACUUCCAGGUUGCUCAGGAUGCCAACACGAUUGCAGGUGAGACCAAUACCGUCCACCUUUCUGGGCAGGUCGAACGGAUAUCUCUAGCAGAUCCCGUUCAUGACGUUUUAGAGAAAGCUGGCUGUUCUGCAAGCAAAUCUGGUCCACUUCUUCGUGGUUCAAUAAUUUUGUUGUUCCUAAGUUGCCGGUCGAGCAAUUUGAAGAAUGUUUGGCCUCAGCUGCUUUGAAGGUAUUUUAUUUUUUCUUCUAUACUUUAUUUUAUAAGUUAUCAUUUAUCCCAUUUUGUUUCAUUUUUGUCUUCGAACGGGAUCUUGUAGGUGGGGCUCUACAGCUUGCAACUGAGAGAGGCUCGGCUGGCUAAGGAGCGGGACCUGAUCGUUGCUCAAACCUUCGCUGAGCAAAAUACGGCUGCUGCCUUCGGCACUCUAGAGGCCGAACGGAAAGCCUCUGUAGAAGAAAAGCAACGACUCGAGUAUGAGCUUGGUGAGCUUAGGGUCCAGCUCGGGGCCUUUUAAGCCAAAGUGUAUACCGUCGAAGCUGCUUUGGUGAGGUUUGAAGAAACCGCUCCCCGUAUCCCGGACGGCCCUGCUGAGGUGAAUGUUGAUCUGUCCGCCGUUCGGGAGGUAUUCAAAUCUUUUGAGGAGUUUACUGCCCUAAAAAAGGAUUAUGCACAACAGGAGCUCCCGACCACUUUUGGUGCUUAUCUCGACGAAUUCCCCAAGGGUGAUGCUCUGCAGAGAAGGGGUGAAGCUGCUCGAACGGGAUCCUAGGGGCAAAAAAUUCAACGACUCCCUGGCCCAAUCCCUUUAUGUGAUGGGUUGCCAGCAUAUCCUGGCCCCCUUCGUGGCCAAGCUCCAAGAAAUGCUAGGGAGGCCGGUCGAGCUUGCCGAUCUUCCCUCGGUCCCUAUCGUUGAGGCCCAGUUCGAGAAGUACCAGCGAGAUCUGCAACGGGCUGCCGAUCGAGAAGCCGGGAGGGAUCCUGAACCCCCUACUGAUUAAGAUGACGACGAGGAUGAUGAUGAAGAGGAAGGGAACAAAGAGGCCCCUGGCCAGUAGAUUAGAUUUGAAUACUUUAGUGAUUGUAAUUCCUUUCCCCCUUUUACUUUUUUGCAAAUCAUCUUUGUACUUCCCGACCAGUAGAGUCGAUGAAUAUAUCUGAAACCUUUUUUAGCUCAAUGCUUUGUUUAUUAUCUUUCUUGUCUUUAUUAAUUUCUUGCUUUAUCAGUCGGUAUUCGGUCUAAUUCAUGGGUCUUCUAACCCUUAGGUUUUUGACCAUUUCUCUGUAUCACCGUUCGGGCUUCUGACAAUUCACCAGGACUUGGCACCUUUUUGUGUUCCUUGAUAUUUGGAUUGACGUACGGACAUCAGACAGUUCUGUAGGACUUGGUCCUUUUUUGUGUUCCUUGUCAUUUGGAUUGCCGUACGGGCUUCAGACAGUUUUGUAGGACUUGGUCCUUUUUUGUGUUUCUUGUCAUUAGUAGUUUUUCGAACUUUUUGUUUCUGAUGUUCCUUCUAUCCCACAUAAUUGUUAGUAGAAUCCCUGUUCAGUUUGUUUGCUGCCCAUAUCUUAACAAGUCUAGAUGUUACCAACUUCUUACCUUAGAUUCCACAAGUCUCUCAUUUUCUGAACAUCGCCCGAAUCCUGUACCUCUGUUGUCUCUAUAUCAUCUAUGAAUUGGUUAGGUAUACUUUCCCCCAUAGUGAAAUUUUACCCGUUCGGGGCGUCUCUUUACAUGUUCAUCCUUUGGUGUCUCUAAAAUGGCUUCCUCAAAACUGCUAACCCGUUCGGGGAACGUGUCGGAUUACCAUAAUGCGCCAUAAUCUCGUGCAACCACAUUUUGCCACGUGUUCCUCAUGGGUUAGGGUUUUUUGAGGCAUUUUUACUUAUAAAUAGAGGUGUUUUUUCUUCAUUUUUUCUGUUGCUUCCUUAAUUUCUUCUUGCGUUUAUCUAAGUUUUCUCUCUCUCUCUCUAGAGUUUUCUCUCUCUAAAGGCCCCUUGAAUUACCAGUGCCCUUUUAUGUUUUUUUCUUCUAGCUCGGAAUCUGAAGAAAUGCCGCUUAUCCGUAGAGGAAAAACUCCCGUUGUUAACAAGGCCGAAGGCUCUUCUUCCCAAGCACCUGACUCUUCUAAUCCCCCUAUAUCAAAAGAUGCCGAACAGCCAGUAUACGACGGAUGUCUUUCCGGAGAUGACCUUAAAAUAUAUAACAAGGGAAUGCCCGAACGGCCACCUCGCAUUCCUUUGCAUUUCACCCAUAUUCGUAAACAACGGCAACGCCUUCCUGAAGACGCCGAACGGUAACUUCGUCAACUUUUGCCUCCGCCUAGGGAGUUUUAUGUUGGAUUCAUCAAGCAUUCCAUGAGGUGCCGAUCGGGGCACGUGCUUAUGCAUUUUGAUGCCUUGAUCGUUGGGCUACGUUUCCCUCUGCAUCCAUUCAUUGUGGAGUUCCUGCAUCGGGUUUUGGUACUCCCUGCUCAAUUCGCGCCCAGCACCUAUCGCAUCCUGAACGGUUUCAUCAUCCGUUGUCACGAACUGGAUAUUGCUCCUAGCGUUGAUCUGUUCUUGUACCAUUACUGCUAUCAGCCCUACUGGACCACUGUGUAUCUGAAGUUGGUGGCCCGAGCUGACCGUUAGCUGUUCACGGAUAAUCCUACCCCGCCGGCUGAUUGGGAGGAAUGGUUCCUCUUUGUCCGUGUGGGUGCUUCGCUUCCAUUUCCUGAUCGGUGGAACGCUUACCCUGUUCGGGAUUCUGAGCCCAGAUUAGAUGUCGUUCUGUACUCUCAAGCUGAAUCUCUGCGUCUGGGAGGAACUCGGAGUCUCCGGGGCUUCAUUACUCCUUCUAAA